AUGGCGCAGCAGCUGCCUGCAGUGUUUGCGCAGCUGAAGUACGUGUGCUUUAGCUGGCCCAACACGCAGCUGCUCAAGCGGGACCCGAUCGCGCGGACGUGGUUCAAGUCGCACUGCACGAUCACGACGUUGCCUGCUGCGCUCGGCGGCUGGCCCCUCACGCUGUACGAAGCCGUCGCGUCCUCGACCCAAAGCGUUCCGGAACUCUUCCUCUCCCAGCAGCAAUGCGAUACCCUCCUCAACUCCCUCGCCGAGCUCAUGGGACCCAGUCGCGCUCGGGCGAGCUGGCGUGACUCGGCGUGGCACAAGCGCGAGGCCCUCAUCCGCUCGUCGGCGCAGGCAGGUGGCAUCAAGGUCCACGUCUUUCACUCGCAGGCAGAGCUCGAGGCGCGCUUUGCCGAGCUGAAGGACGGUGAUGACUGGGCAGCGACGAAGACGCACUGGCGGGAGUUGAAGCGGGCGCAGGAGGUCUUUCAGUGGUUGGGCAGCGGAGCGACGAAGCGGCCAGCGCUGGGCGAGCCAAAGUUCGUUGCGGUGGACAUAGAGACAUGGGAGCUGGAUCAUGCGCUCGUGACGGAGGUCGGCGUGGCGAGUUUGCGGUAUCUUCAGUCGGGCAAGAUGGUGACUGAGGCGCGGCAUCUGGUCCUUCAAGAGAACUCGGACAAGCGGAACGGGCGUUACUGUCCCGACGCGCGCGACUACUUCCAGCUCGGUCAGACGGUCACCCUUCCUCGCCAACGACUAGCGCGCGAGCUCCACGACACCCUAUUCCCCUCCGACGAGCUCGCCGGACCCAUCAUCCUCCUGCUCCACGACCACCGCAGUGACUCCAAGUCGCUCGCCUCGCUCGACGUCGACCUCAACAAGUACGAGCGGAACCCGCUCCUUCCUCCUCCCGAAUCGCCGCUCUACAACCCUCCAGAUUCCUCCGACGCCAUCCCCGACUCUCCACCCUGCUUCCUUCUCGACACGCAAAGACUCUUCUCCGGCUUCUCCCGCCGAAAGCGCCAGUCUCGCCUCGAAGACGCCUGCCGCGCGCUCGGUAUCGUCCUGCCCGGCAACGAGCCUAUCGCAUAUCACAACAGCGGGAACGACGCAUGGGUCACGCUCCAGGUCUUCCUGCGCCUCAUGCAGACGCCGAUUGGCGAGACGGCGGACGAGGUCAAGCCUGCGGGCUGGACGCCUGGCGGGAGGUGA